UGACACCAUGAGAGGACCGAGCUUACUGUGCUGCUGCCUAGCUGCCCUUCUCCUGCUCGGGGGUGCAGAACUUCAAGUCGCUUCCCCGGAUGGCACUGAAGAUGCGGGAAGCUUUUCCGACGGGCAGUCAGCUGCCGUGGAUCCUGUCUUGGACGAGAAGUCAAUGUAUGCAGAGCAAAUCCCGAUACAAAAUAGUCUGCUGUUGCCCUACAAAGAGGGCCUCGACGUAGAGACACAAGACUUCCAACCACAAGGCUGCAUUUCCGAGGCCAGGGAAGAGGAAAAAAUCGAAGGUGUCAACCCAUUGAAUGAAAGGGAAGACAAGCACAAUACCACGAGGGCCGUACCUCCUUGCGAACACGCGACAAACGUUAGUCCUGAAACAGAUGAGGUUGCGAAAGAUGAAAGUAAAGAAGAUGAAGAAAAAUCAGGCCAAGAUCCCCCAACGGAGGAUCUGGACAUUACAAAGGAAGAUGUCGAAGAUUCUGGCGAAACUGUGAAAGAUGGAGAAGACAUUACUGAUAAAGCCCUUGACGUGGAGGUAGACCAUGACCAAAAUGAAGACCAGAUUCAUGGGGAAGAGGAGAGCAACUCUGGACCAGAGACAACUAAAAAGGCCAUAGAAGGAACUGUUUUGGAAGAGGAACAAAACAUUUUUGGAAAUGAAUCAGAGUUGGAUGCACCAAAAGAGGAUAAGGCAGAUGAAAUGGCGGAGAAGUCCGACAUUGAAACAGAUGAUAAGAGCUCAAGUUAUGCGGGCGAUAACAUUUCUGAUCUUCCACUGGAAGAAAGCAAUACUGAUGUGUUAGAAAAAGAGACAGCCAACAUCGACUCUGGUAAAGACAGGUCAGAAAUGGUUGAGGAAGGUGAAGAUAUUCAGGGGACGAUACUUGAGUUGGUCCCAUAUGCUGAUGAAACCAGUGAACUCCAUGAACCUGUUGAUAACUCAGGGGAACUUGAAUCUGAUCCAGAGAACGUUAGCCAAGAUGAUUCGAUGGAGUCUGAAGAUUCUGAUGAAGAAACUCUAGCAACAGUAGGCCAGUCAAGCGAAAUGCAUGAUGAACAAGAUGAAUCAGAAGAAGACGCAGUAGAGGAAAACAAGGAGGGUGAAGAAGAAGAAACAGAAGGCGAAACCGAAGGGGAAACCAUUUCAAACGAUGAGGCAGACGAAACUGAAGUAGAAUCCACAAAAGAUGAACUUAUAGAAGAAAUUCCAUUAUCAGCUGCCGUAGAAGAAUCGUUAGAUGAUGGUACAGGUGGAGACGUUGAGCAGCAUACUUCUCCAUCUUCAGCUGAAGUGACAAAUAUGCUGGAUUCAGUAAGGCAGGAAACAGAUGACAAGGAGGAAGCGUCUCAAGAUAACGUUGGAAACGAAAACAUUUUAGAAGAAGAGAUAGAUGAACCUGGAGUGAAAUCUACAGAAGAACAAAAGGACACAGGGGAAAUUCCUCCAACAGCUGCAGAAGAUAAUUUGAAAGCGGAAGAAUCUUCCGAAGGAAAGGGAGCCGUCGUUACAAAAGUCCAGAGCUCUGUAGAACAGGAGAGAAAUGGGGACCCAUUAGCAGUCGUACCUUUAAAACCAGCACAGAGGAAAACAGUUAAACGACGACAACAGCUAAAAGAAGAUGUUGACGAGUUAGAGGAGAUCGCAAAGAGGGAUCGGAACCACAUAGACAACACUCUGAAACUUACAGAUGAGAAGCCAAAGGAUGAUUACUCAGCGGUCUUGCAAAGGCUAAGGAAGAUUUAUCAUUCAUCCAUCAAACCCCUGGAACUGUCCUACAAGUACAAUGAGCUGAGGCAGCAUGAAAUCACAGCUUACCAAGGACGUACCCUUGCUGACUCGGCCACAGACGGUGAAAUCACAUCUAAGCCAAUGGUGCUGUUCUUGGGACCGUGGAGUGUCGGCAAGUCCACCAUGAUCAACUACCUCUUGGGGCUGGAUGAGACCCCCUAUCAGCUGUACACUGGUGCUGAGCCCACCACGUCUGAAUUCACAGUCCUGAUGCAUGGUUCGAAGCUGAAGACCAUUGAGGGCAUUGUGAUGGCUGCUGAUAGUGGCCGCUCCUUCUCUCCAUUGGAGAAAUUUGGACAGAACUUCCUUGAAAAGUUAAUUGGUAUUGAAAUCCCCCAUAAACUGCUGGAGAGAGUUUCCUUUGUGGACACCCCUGGAAUCAUUGAAAACCGCAAACAGCAGGAGAGAGGGUAUCCAUUUAACGAUGUCUGCCAGUGGUUCAUUGACAGAGCCGACCUGAUCUUUGUGGUGUUCGACCCAACCAAGCUGGAUGUGGGCCUGGAGCUGGAGAUGCUUUUCCGGCAGCUGAAGGGAAGAGAGUCCCAAAUCCGUAUCAUUCUGAAUAAGGCUGAUAGUUUGGCCACCCAAGAACUGAUGAGGGUUUAUGGAGCCCUCUUCUGGAGCUUAGCUCCUUUGAUCAAUGUGACCGAGCCCCCAAGGGUCUACGUCAGCUCCUUCUGGCCAGACGACUACCAUCCUGAAACACAUCGGGAUCUCUUCCUGAAAGAGGAGAUCUCUCUUCUGGAGGAUCUUAACCAGGUCAUCGAGAACCGUCUGGAGAACAAGAUUGCCUUUAUCCGUCAGCAUGCUAUCAGGGUGCGAAUCCAUGCCCUUCUGGUGGACCGGUACCUUCAGACUUACAAGGAAAAAAUUACUUUCUUCAGUGAUGGAGAGCUGGUGUUUAAGGACAUUGUAGAUGACCCUGACAAAUUCUUCAUCUUCAAGUCUAUCUUAGCUAAGACCAACGUCAGCAAGUUUGAUCUCCCCAACAGAGAGGCAUACAAGGAUUUCUUUGGCGUAAACUCAAUCACAAGCUUCAAGCUUCUGUCCCAACAGUGCUCCUACAUGGGUGGCUGCCUUCUUGAAAAGAUCGAGAGAGCCAUCACCCAUGAGCUUCCCGACCUUCUCAGCAGCAUCGGCCUAGGCAGAAAGUCUGGAGCUCUCAACUGUGAUGUGACCGGUUGCGGGGAGACACCGAAAAAUCGCUAUAAGAAACAUUAACUUAUCUCCCUCUUCUUCCCUCUCAUAUUUCCAGAAUAUCAAAAAAUAAAAAUAAAGAUAACGACAGAGUUUCAAAUCCAUAAAAAGAUCAUUUGGUCUUUGGUGACUGUUUUUACCUGCUCUGGAGAACCUUGCAGACUGCACCCUUUCAAAGUGUCCUUGAAGUCCCAAAGCUAAUACCAUAGAAAUCCAAGUCCUUCCGUGCUGGAGAGUCCAGUUGCUCUGACACCGAAGGACAUAUGGCGAAUGUUAGAAGUACCUUCAGGAAGCUCGAUGUAAUUGGUGAGGCUUUCAGAGAGACUACAGUAAUCCUAUUGGGUUCCAAGUAUCUCACACCACCAUGGGUGAACCAUGGCUUACGAUUGGCCUACAAGCGGUAGGAGACAACAAGUAAGGAACCUCGAUUCAUUGCAGGCUCUCUGACUUCUCCAGUGUCACAAAAAUCUGUCUAACCCGGAGGAGAGAACACCAGCCAAAACCGUAACACACCUAUCAUGGUAGCUCCAUGCGCGUAUCCAUAUCAGUCCUACGGCUCAGCCCUUUCUUGUGGAAUCCCAGAAUGUGCCUAUAGAAAUACACAGAUUUUCCUUUUUUUUUUUUUUUUCGAAACAUUAUUUUGCUUCAUUUACCAAUUCAGGAACAAUUUUUAUAAUAUAGAUGUGUAAUAUCUGAAAGGGAAACGUUAAAUGCUUUACAAGUGUGCCUUUCCUAAUGUAUUUAUCCUUCCGUGAAAACACUGCCUGUUACAAACUAUGAAUAAGCUUUUUUGUUUGAACACACACAAUGUUCUCUGCGGUCUUGCUUGUAACCUCUAGGCUAAAAGUGUUCGCCGGAGUUAACCGUGAUUUUUUGGCAUACCCGUCCCCGCCGAUCACUUCAUAAAGCCAUGUCUACAUAAGAGAGGUGGCAAUCAAGAGCUCCAAAUAUCCACGAUCUAGGGUCUAGAAGGACACCGCCAGACAAAAAAUGCAUGGAUCCAACUCUGCAAAAGUUGUCACCCUAUAAAAAAAUUUUUAUUUAAGUUAAUUGACAGCGUUAAAUACCUGUUUAUUGAAUCUAGCACCGUGAACGUGGAGAUUCCCAGAUAAAUGCAGGGCUGGGGUCGUUGAAUGGUUAAUUUAUUAUUUCUUUGAAGGACAGAAGGAAGUGAGUAUGGGGCAUGCUCUUAAAAUAAUGCGAUCCGGUGGUCAGAAAAACGGCACGUUAAAAAUAUGUAUUUUAGAACUUUUUGAUAAGGAUCGAGCGCAGCGAUCAGAUGAAUGGGUUUUCCACGGCGCCUAAAGGCUGAAACGAAGUCCUAAAAGUGAAGUCCUUUUUUUUUUUUACUACGGGUAAACCAUUUGAAAUCUGGGCAUUAGACACAAUAAAGAAUUCUUGGAGAUUUGGCACGCGGAGCCGGAUACAAGGAGGGUGCAGAGGGAGCGAAGGUUUCGAAGGAAGAGGGUGGAAAUCUAACUAAUAGAAUUUAGUGUGAUAAUGUAGGUUUAUGUGAACCCCUAAAGUAGCGUGGCCAGGCGUCCUCUUCAUAAAGGGAUCCCCGGUCACUUUACCUUAUAGUAGGAGUGGCCAACAGCAGCUCCGCUCAGCAUGCUGGGAGUUGUAGUCCAACCUCUGUUGUUGCACAGCCCUGUCUUAAAGGGACCUGCAAGACAUUAAACAUACCACUUUCACUCAUCAACAACGUAUUGGAGGUCCCGUUAGCUCCUAAGGGGUUAUAAGGUAGACUGGUUUUAGAACAACUGGUCACCGAAGCAAUUUUCACUUCCUCGGUCCAAUAAUUAAUUGCUGUUGUUGUUGGUUUUUUUUUUUUUUACCAUAAACCAUCUUUCACUUUGUUAUUAUGAUCCUCUGAGCUAAUUAUUCUCGUGAAAUACAAUAAAAGUUUGAGCUUGUUAACAAACAGCA